UUCCUCUUCCUCCUCCUCCUCCUCCUCCACCGCCGCCGCGCCAGCCUUCCUCGGCCGGCAGGGAACGCGUCACCGUCGCUCGCCAUGGAGUAUCAGGAGGCUGCGCAAUGGGCCGCCCUGCACCUGGAGAACUAUCGGAAGGACCCCAGCGGCUGGAGCCUCUGUAAGCAAACGAAUAAAGUUUCAAUAUCCUGGAGACCUUCAACUAUAUUUCGUGGAAGUCUAUACAGAGCGGAAGGGAUUUUACCUGCAAAACCAGAGGAUGUGUUUAAAUGUAUAAAGCCAGAGACUGGUGGACUUAGAGAAAAAUGGGAUGAAAAUGUGAAGGAGGUAGUAGUGGUUGCAUCCAUAAACGAAAAUGUUUGUGUAGUUAGAACAACUACACCAUCAGCUUUUAUGAAGAUCAUCUCUCCAAGGGAGUUCCUAGAUGUGGUCCUGAUUAAACAGGAUGAAGAUGGCACAAAAAUGACUGCAGCAACCAACGUGGAGCAUCCUCUCAGUCCGCCUCAGCCAAAUUAUGUGAGAGGUCUGAAUUUUCCCUGCGGCUGCAUCUGCAUUCCUGUUCCAGGGGAUCCAAGUAAGACCCAGCUGCUCAGUUUUUUUCAGACUGAUCUAAGUGGCAACCUUCCACAGAAAGUUGUUGAAUCUUUCUUUCCAAGCAACAUAUCAGGGUUUUACAGCAAUUUGGCAAAUGCAGCAGUAACAUUAGUAGCUUAAGUUGUUCCCCAUUCCCCCCACCUCUAGUCUCAAAGGGAAAACCUAACUGGGCUGUGUAUUAAUCAUCCUGAAAUUGCACUUUGUAAGAUAAGUGGUUCCUGGGGCUGAAUUCAGAACUGUGAUCUAGUCAAAAGGAUGCACAUGAAUUUCUCCCUUAAUUUAGGUGGAGAACAUGCGAGCCCAUGCCUGGAAUUAAGUAGCAUUCAGUUGACAUGACUGUGGUUUGACCAUGCUAAAGACUCUGAAAAGAAAUGAAUCUCUCCAGGUUUUUGUUCGUAAAAGAGGCUUUCAAACAUAAUGACAUCUCAAAAGGAAAGCGUUGGGCAGUAAUUCACUGUUCUGUGCUUUGUUUCUCUGUAAAUCAGAAAAACAAGGAAGAAAAUCUGGUGCUCUGUAUUUGCCAAAUCCCAUUUCUUGCUUUGUCUUUCACAGUGAUGACAACAUCACUUAGAUCUCCUGAGUUUAGAUCUCCACCCAGGUACCUAUCAAGAAUUCCUUUCAUGUGGUCUAGUUGUUUUAAGCCAACAAGGCACUUCCCACUGAAGUGAAAAAGACUCUGAAGAAACCACAUUUGCAGAAACCACAUUUGCAGCAGCCCGCCUCACCCACAUUACUCUAGCUCACUACCAGUCCAUCCCAGGUCAGAUUUGCUUGUUCUCAUUUACCCAACCCACAGAAUUGGGCAAUACUGAUCUCACUGAGCUACCAGCAUCCCAUAACAGAUGUGGAUGGUGUUUUUCAGAUGUUCUCUUCCCCUACCACAUAAAUAAUAAAUCUCUGCCUGCAUAAAGCCAGCAUGGCAGGGGGAAAAAACUCCUAAGUGACUUGCUUUCUGUAUGAAGAGACAUGCAAUACAAAGAAAUGUUCAAACAUAUGAAACUCUUAAGCUUGAGGAAAAAUGUGAUUAUAGUAAGGUUUGGUUGAUGGUGGGGUUAUUGGAGACAAUGUUUAACCAGAAACUCAGACAACCAUCUGUCAGUUUUGCACUGUAGAUCCUGUGUAGAGAAAAGGACCUCUGAAAACACCUCCCUGUUCCAUGAUUUGCCCUCCUAUACUCUCCCUAGCUGCUCUACAUGACCACUGAUCUCAGGCAGUAAUGUUUUCUAAACCUUAGCAGGUUGUUUGGAUGUGCUGUUAUAUAUUAGAAAUAAAAAAGAGGGUGUUCUGAA